ACCCUCACCGAACCCCAUCCCCGCUCUUUCCCUAUCCUCCCUCACUCCUUUCCCGCCUCUCCCUCUCUUUCUCUCUCUUCCCCAUUUUCUUCCUUAAAACCCCUAAUCCCUCCAUUUCUUCACCAUUCUCCAUUCUCUCUCUCUCUCUCUCUCUCUCUCUCUCUCUCUCUCUCCUCAGCCGUUGCCAUGAACCGAAGGGUUAGAACAACCAUCCCUCAACACCACCACAAUUUCCACAAGUACCUAAAACCGGGUGCCCUAGCUCGAAUCCGUGAUUCGCGCAUCAUCAGCGCCAGAUCUCACCGGGUCGGCUCCAUCUGCCAGAUCCCUCUCCGUCGCACUUCUCCUCCUUCCUCCCCGUUGCAUACGCCGCAGGACACCGCCGCCGCUCAGCCUCAGGCCAACGCUGCCGCUUCUUUUGACGGUUUCCCGUUCUUUGUUGCCAGGAUCUACGGACCUCGCUGUCCGCAGCGGAAGAAGCUCAUGGCCGCCAAGUCCGUUAUGUUCGUUCCCGUCAGUCCUGCCGCGGACUCUCCCGAUCUGGUCAUUGACUCCUUCGGCAGUGACUUCAUCGUGGCCAAUUGAAAACGUUGCUUCGUUUCUGAUUUUCUUCUUUCAGAGUCGGUUAUUCGGCUAUAGUAUGUAGAGUGGUUUAGAUGUGUAGAUCGACGUGCUCUUUGUAGUACUUCUGUCCGAUUAUAUGUGCAAAAGAAUUGUUUAGAUAGGGUUCAAACUCAAAUUAAUAAAGUGCAAUCAAAUUUCCAACUUCA